GACUCCGCAUCUUAUUAGCAACAAGGGAAAUUUCUCCAUUUUGCAGCCUGUCUACAGCGACACGGCCACCGAUCUGGGAUUUUAUUACUUCUCCUCACCUGCCAGCUUUUCCUGCUAUUUUGAAUCCUCCCCACUCUUUACUGGACUUUGCUUUACAUUUUCUCUGUGAACUUUUUUUUGGUGUGUGCAGACAGAGAGAGAGAGAGAGAGAGAGAGGGGAAGAGAGAGAGAGAGAUAGAGAGAGAGAGGAGACACCACAGCGAAGAGCUUUGCGUUUCAACAAAGAGGCUUGUGGGUCUUUGUUCGUUUUUUGGAUCGGUUGAGUUUCUUUGUUGGAGCGAAAAAGCAUGGGAGCGCAAUUGUCCAAGACAGCUGGAAAGGGCGAAACCGUGGCCGAGAAGCCCGGGGAGGCUGCUGCUUCACCCACCAAGACCAACGGACAGGAAAACGGCCAUGUGAAAGCCAACGGGGACGCCUCUCCUGCAGCGGCCGAGAAUGGCAAAGAGGAGGUGCAGGCCAACGGCAGCGCCACCGCAGAGGAGGCUCCCAAGGAGGAGGCCGAGAAGGCCGAGGAGGCCCCAGCAGAGAAGGAGGCUGCAGAUGGGGAGAAGGUAGAGGCAGCAUCUCCUGCUCCUGCUGAGGGAGAGGCGGCGGCGAAAGCAGAGGACGGCGCCACACCUUCCACCAGCAAUGAGACGCCCAAGAAGAAGAAGAAGAGGUUCUCCUUCAAGAAGUCCUUCAAGCUGAGCGGCUUCUCCUUCAAGAAGACCAAGAAGGAGACGGGAGAGGGAGGCGAGACCGAGGAGGCCGCCGCCGCAGCAUCCACAGAGGAGGCCAAGGCCGAAGCCACGGAGGAGGCGCCAGCGGCGGCUGCUAGUGAGGAGGCCAAGCCCGCUGAGGGAGAGGCUGCACCUGCUGCAGAGCAGGCCAAAGAGGAGGCCAAGCCUGAGGAGGCAGCAGCACCUGCAGCAGAGAAACCUGCUGAGGAGCCCAAGGAGGCGGCGGCAGAGGCCGCGCCCGCAGAGGAGCCAAAGGCAGAGGAGAAGCCAGCAGAGCCCGCCGCCGCCGCCACCGAGGAGGCGCCCAAAACAGAGGAGGCCGCCCCUGCGUCACAGGAAGCAGCGUCAGCGGAGGCUCCAGCUGCCCCCGCCGCCGAGGCCGCUGAAUAAUUUUUGGAGGUUAGAGAGGAAAAAGAAACAGAGAAAAAAAAGGAGAAAAAAAGAUAAUCAAAGAACAUUUCCCUGUUUGUAUGUUGGAGUGACGCCAGGCGCUGGCUUUGAAGAACUUGUCUACAACCAGGGAUAUUUUAAAGCUUUUCUUUUUUCUUUUUUUCUUUUAAAUAAUUUUUUGGUUUCCAUUCCCCCCCUCUUCACCCCCUCCCCACCCCUCUUACCCUCUUACACAAAACCCAUCUUGGUCCAUUGUUACUUCCAUUCCAACGGGCUAGGGGAAGGUGGGUGGCUUAAAUAUGUAAAACAGAUUAAUAACAUCCACACUCUGCCAUAUAUUUUUCAUCAGUAUUAAAGUUUUUUUUUUUUCUCCCUCUUUGAAUUUUUAUACAAAAAUGUAAACAGAAUGGUAUGGACAUGCCCAUGGUAUGAAGGAGAAAGAGGAGGGGGGUGGGAGCUGUAAAUGAAGAGGGAGGAAGGGGUCAGGGAGGGCAAAGGGGGGGAGGGAGGGGGCUGGGAAUGUGGGAAAUGUGCCACAGACUAUUAUGAAAAGAGUAGUCUUAAAAAAAAAUCUAUACACGCCAUGAGAGGACCAUACAGUUUACAACACUACGUCAUCCUAGGAUCAACAACAACAACAACAACAACAAAUUUUCCAAUUCCCAGAUUUAGGAUUUUUUUAGGAAGUCAUAUAAUAAACUCAUAGGAGCUUUUCACUUCUCAUUAGCUGUACCAGUCAGUGAUUCAGUAGAAAUACAAGUUGUAUAGGCUUUAUUGUUUAUUGUUGGUUUUAUGACCUUAAUAAAAAAAAUGUAAGUAUGUAUAGGCGGGGUGUUUUUAACUGUGAUUAUUGUACAAAAUGAAAAAAAAAACAACAAACAAACAUCUUGGAUCUCAAGAAGCACAUGAAGUUUGCAGCUCUUUUUUCCACCUGCUCAUCUUUUUUGUAAAGAUAACAAAACAUACACACUCACACACACACACACACAGAAACAAACACACACACACAAACACACACAUACACGAGAGAAAGUCAUCCUGGGUGAAAAAGACCUUUUUUUCCGAAGCAAUUUUCAAAUAAAAGAGAAAUAAAAACCCAAGCUGUGAUACAAGUGGAAUGGUUAACUGUUUAUAUACUGUGGUAUGUUUUUUUGAUUACAGCAGGCGAUGCUUUUUCAGUGGUCUUUUGACACAUUUAAGGAAUCUAUCAGAUGCAAAUGUUUGUGUAGCAUCUUGUCUCUCUACUCUCUCUCUCUUUUAUUUUCCUUUUGUAAAUACUGGAGAAGCUUUGACCAAUUUGACUUAGAGAUGGAAUGUAACUUUGCUUACAAAACAAACAAAAAAAAAAUUGCUAUUAAACUCCUCUGCUUAAGGUGUUCUAAUUUUCUGUGAGCACACUAAAAGCAAAAAUAAAUGUGAAUAAAAUUUGA